UCACACUUAGCCCUGCGUGACCCGCAGGGUUUAGGUUGUCGAAAAAUUAAAGGAGGGAAUGUGAUAUCAUGAAACCUUGGGUGGAAAAAGGAGGUUGGCCAAAUCAAAGCAAGCAAACUCUCCCUGUUCAAAUAAAACCAUUCCAAACCCUUAUUACUAAUCCGAUUCCAUAGUUCAAUUACCAAUCAUACAGGAAGUCCGUAAGGGUUUUGUACGCAAGGAUUUUGAAUUCCGGUUUUGGAUUUCGAUUUGACUAAUGGCUGGACUUAAAGAGAGCAGGAGAAAUAGGGAAAGGGAGAAAAGACGACUGUACGAGAGUGAUGACGAAAGCGACGGUGAGAGCUCGAGAGAUCGGGAAAGGAAGCGACGACGUCCCGAUGAGAUUGGAGAAGAAAGAAAUGGUGAGCGCAAGAGAGAGAAGGAAAGAGAGAGAAGACGUCGAGACGAAAAUGGAGAGGAAAGCAAUGGUGAGCCCAGGAGAGAUAGGGAAAGAGAGAGAAAACGACGGGACCAGAGUGCAGAGGAAAGCGAUGGUGAGCGCAAGGGAGAUAAGGAAAGGGAGAGAAGACGACGAGAUGAGAGUAGAGAGGAAAGCGAUGGCGAGCUCAGGAGAGAUAGGGAAAGAGAGAGAAGACGACGAAAGGAGAGUGGAAAUGUAAGCGAUGGUGAGCGUAGAAGAGAUAGGGAAAAAGAGAGAAGACGGCGAGAUGAGAGUGGAGAGGAAAGCGAUGGUGAGCGUAGAAGAGAUAGGGAAAAAGAGAGAAGACGAAAGGAGAGUGGAAAUGUAAGUGAUGGUGAGCGUAGAAGAGAUAGGGAAAAAAGGAGAAGCCAUCCAGAUGAGAGUGGAGAGGAAAGGAAGCUUCUUGAGUAUGAAAGUCGAGACAGACAUAGGAAGAGAGGACGAGAUGACAGUGGUAGAGAUAGGGAUUGGGAUAGGGAUAGGCGCAGAAGAUCGGAGAGAGAUGAGGAAGAUAGAAAUCAAAGAAAGAAAGACGAGGGUAGAGACGACAGGUAUGAUAGAGAUAAGGCGAAGGAUAGGAGACUGGAAGGUGAUCAAAGGGAAGAGGGGGAGUUGGUUGAGGUUUCCAAAAAAUCCAAUUCUGCUGGGGAGAAUGCUAAUGUGAAUGUUUAUGGUAAUGCGGCAUUGAGUUUGGGUAGAAGUGGAGGGGUUUAUAUCCCACCUUUUAAGUUGGCAAGGAUGAUGAAGGAGGUGGAAGAUAAAAGCAGUGUUGAGUAUCAGCGUUUGACAUGGGAUGCUCUUCGUAAGAGUAUAAAUGGACUUGUUAACAAGGUUAAUGCUACUAAUAUAAAGAAUAUCAUUCCUGAAUUGUUUGCUGAGAAUCUGAUUAGAGGAAGAGGUCUUUUUUGUCGGUCAUGUAUGAAAUCACAAAUGGCAUCUCCUGGUUUUACUGAUGUAUUUGCAGCUUUGGCUGCCGUUGUUAACACCAAAUUUCCUGAGGUUGGUUUGCUUUUGUUGAGAAGGAUUGUUUUGCAGUUUCAAAGAGCUUAUAAACGUAAUGACAAGCCACAAUUACUAGCAGCUGUUAAGUUUAUAGCACAUUUAGUAAACCAGCAGGUGGCUCAUGAGAUUAUUGCUCUAGAGUUGCUCAUGCUUCUGCUGACCAAACCCACCGAUGACAGCGUGGAAGUGGCUGUUGGUUUUGUUACUGAGUGUGGAUCAAUACUUCAAGAUCUUUCACCUAGAGGACUUCACGGUAUUUUUGAGAGGUUUCGUGGAAUUCUUCAUGAAGGAGAGAUAGACAAACGUGUUCAGUUCUUGAUUGAAGGCCUGUUUGCUAUAAGGAAAGCCAAAUUUCAGGGUUACCCAGCUGUUCGUCCAGAGCUGGACCUUGUAGAGCAGGAAGAUCAGUUUACGCAUGAGAUAUCCCUUGAUGAUAAGGUGGAACCUGAGAUUACACUUGAUAUUUUCAAACCAGAUCCUCAGUUCCUGGAGAAUGAAAAGCGUUAUGAAGAAUUGAAGAAAACGAUCCUUGGUGAGGAGUCUGAUGAUGAAGAAGGCUCUGAUGCAGCUUCAGGUGAUGAGGAUGAUGAUGACGAAGAAGAGUCUGAAGAAGAUGAUGAAGAGCAGAUGCAAAUAACAGAUGAAACUGAAACGAACCUCGUAAAUCUUCGGAGGACAAUUUAUCUAACAAUUAUGUCUAGUGUAGAUUUUGAAGAGGCUGGCCACAAACUUCUGAAAAUUAAACUGGAGCCCGGUCAAGAGAUGGAAUUGUGUAUUAUGCUCUUGGAGUGUUGCAGUCAGGAGAGAACUUAUCUUCGGUAUUAUGGUCUUUUGGGGCAGCGGUUCUGCAUGAUAAACAAAGUCCACCAAGAAAAUUUUGAGAAAUGCUUUGUCCAACAAUAUUCUAUGAUUCAUCGCCUUGAAACCAACAAGUUACGAAAUGUUGCCAAGUUUUUUGCCCAUUUACUUGGCACAGAUGCUCUGCCUUGGCAUGUUCUGGCCUAUAUUCGAUUAACUGAGGAAGACACAACUUCUUCUUCCCGAAUCUUUAUAAAGAUUCUCUUCCAGGAAUUGUCAGAGCAUCUUGGCAUCCGAUUGCUGAACGAGCGGCUUACAGAUCCAACUAUGCAAGACUCGUAUGAAUCCAUUUUCCCGAAGGACAAUCCAAAGAACACACGAUUUUCCAUCAACUUCUUCACAUCUAUUGGGCUUGGUGGUAUUACUGAAAACUUGCGUGAAUACCUAAAGAACAUGCCACGGCUGAUCAUGCAACAACAAAAACCCGCUUCAGAGUCAGAAUCAGAAUCAGGAUCAGGAUCAGAGGAUGGAUCUGAUUCAGAGGCAUCUAACACCGACUCAGAAUCGGCUAGUUCUGAAGAUGAACGUGACAGAAAACGCAGAAAGCAACGCAGGAGACACUAAAGCCAUUCAGUUGUUCUUUCAAGAAAAAUAAAAUCUUUUAGUUCUUGCAAGCAGUUGAAGUAAUUCUUGUACUUUCCCAUGUAAAAUACUUAAUUUUGCUCAAAUAUGCCCAUCGAAAUAUCAAGUUUAGGACAUAUAUUGUACAACUAUUUGUACCAAAUAUCUUAUUUAAAUCACUGUUGAAAAGCGUGCCAA